GCGCUCGGGGCUGGCGGGCUCGGAUGGCGGCGGCGCAAGGCUCCUGAGCGGGCCGGGGCCAUGAGCGCCGCCCGGCCCCAGUUCAGCAUCGAUGACGCCUUCGAGCUGUCCCUGGAGGACGCGGGCCCGGGGCCCGAAUUCAGCGGGGUCGCCCGCUUCGGGCCGCUGCACUUCGAGCGCCGAGCCCGGUUCGAGGUGGCCGACGAGGACAAGCAGUCCCGGCUGCGCUACCAGGUGAACGGCCCGGCCCACCUCAACCCCAGCCCGGGUCCGGGGGGUACCCCAGGCCGCAGCUCCCAGUGGUCCUUCAGCACCAUCAGCAACAGCACCCAGCGAUCCUACCAUGCCUGCUGCAGCUGGACGCAACACCCUUUGAUCCAGAAGAACCGCCGGGUAGUGCUGGCCUCCUUCCUACUCCUGCUGCUGGGGCUGGUGCUGAUCCUGAUCGCCGUGGGACUGGAGGUGGCCCCCUCGCCAGGUGUCUCCAGCGCCAUCUUCUUCGUGCCCGGCUUCCUGCUGUUGGUCCCGGGAGUCUACCACGUGAUCUUCAUCUACUGCGCCGUCAAGGGCCACCGGGGCUUCCAGUUCUUCUACUUGCCCUAUUUCGAGAAGUGAGCCGCGGGCGGACCGAGGGGAUCCAGCCUCGCCUGCGAGCGGCCCCAGGGGGCGCUCCUCGGCCCCGCCCCGCUCUGGUUUCCUCAUCUCAAGGGAAGGACUGCAGGACCCUCGAGCCCCCAGCCCCCUCGAAGUUUGCUCAGGAAGUUUGCCCACUACCCAGGCCCGGGAAACUCGUCCCUUGCCUGUUCUGUGCCUUAACUUAUUCUCGAGCCUUGGGGCUGCUGCGUUGUUGUUUUGUGCUAAUA